CCGUGACAGUGGGCGGAGCUUGUGGCGGAAAUGUCGUGCUGCUUCGCGGAAGAGAGGUCGAAGUUACCGUAGAAGAGUUCUCCAGCGGUUUAUUGGAUUAGAGUAUUGUGUAACAGAUUAGAAGAUACUUUGUUGUCUGGAGUGGCACAAAGCAAGAAAGCUUGUGGAGAACUGAUUACAAUAUGAAAAGCGUCAAACUGUGAGAAGAAUGGCUGUGUCUCUUCACUGUGGGACAGAGUGAGGAUUGCAGUGGCUUCUACAUCCCAAAGUCCACUCUGCUGAACAUUGUGUGUUUGGCCUAGAAGAUGCCUGGAGACGCCUGACCCAAAAUGUCAGCCCUGGCUGUCGAUGGCUCUGAUGUUUCUCUAGAUGGCGAUUCCUUCCAUUCGGUAAAUACAGUGCUGCUAGAUUCUGUGAGCACUGCAAAAUUACACAUAAAAGAGGAGAGAUCAGAGUCUCGGGGGAGCACAUUGCAGUCCAAUGAAAAUGAAAUCCUGGGAACAGAUGGAGAGGGCUCCUCCCACAGUGCAACUGAGGAGCCUGAAAGGAAAAGAAAAAAGGGUCCUGCACCAAAGAUGCUGGGAAAUGAAGUUUGCAGUGUAUGUGGGGACAAGGCUUCUGGUUUCCAUUACAACGUGUUGAGUUGCGAAGGCUGUAAGGGCUUUUUCCGGCGGAGUGUAAUAAAAACUACAAAUUAUACCUGCAAGAACAAUGGCAAGUGCCAGAUGGACAUGUACAUGCGGCGAAAGUGCCAGGAAUGCCGACUUCGAAAAUGCAGAGAGGCAGGCAUGCGGGAGCAAUGCGUUCUUUCUGAGGAACAGAUCCGCUGUAAGAAGAUUAAAAAAAGACAGCAGGAAGAUGAUGCAGUGCGUUCAACUGCUGUCUUGGUUCCUCCUAGUCCUUGUAUGUUCACUCAAGAUAUAGUUCAACUCACACCACAACAGGAAGAAAUGAUCCAGCAACUAGUUUCAGCACAACAGCAAUGCAACAAGAGAUCUUUUAGUGACCAGCCCAAAGUUACGCCAUGGCCUCUGGGUAGUGACCCAAACAGCCGUGAAGCUCGUCAACAGCGAUUUGCUCACUUUACAGAAUUGGCAAUAAUUUCAGUUCAGGAGAUUGUGGACUUUGCCAAGCAAGUUCCAGGGUUUUUGGAGCUGUCACGAGAGGAUCAGAUAGCACUACUGAAAGCUUCCACUAUUGAGAUAAUGCUGCUUGAAACAGCUCGGCGCUACAAUCAUGAGACAGAAUGUAUAACCUUCCUCAAGGACUUCACAUAUAGCAAGGAUGACUUCCACCGAGCAGGACUGCAAGUAGAAUUUAUUAACCCCAUCUUUGAGUUUUCACGUGGCAUGAGGCAAAUGCAGUUAGAUGAUGCAGAAUAUGCUCUUCUUAUCGCAAUCAACAUCUUCUCUGCAGACCGACCAAAUGUUCAGAAUCACCAGCUUGUUGAAAACCUACAGCUGCCAUAUGUAGAAGCACUGCAUUCCUACACUCGCAUUAAGAGGCCUCAGGAUCAUCUGAUGUUUCCCCGAAUGUUGAUGAAACUGGUCAGUUUGCGAACUCUAAGCAGCGUACACUCAGAGCAGGUCUUUGCUCUCCGCCUUCAGGACAAGAAGCUGCCUCCAUUGCUUUCAGAAAUCUGGGAUGUUCAUGAGUAGCAGGUGGCUGCAGCAAACAUUUCAGUUCAAAACUGUUGCAACAGACUAAAUAUGCUUAAACCCAAUUCGAAAAUCGUCCAAACAGCAGAGAAUUUGCUGGGAAAGGCCAUGAUGGGGAAAAUGCAUAUUUCAGAAGAUAUGAGAGGAUAUUGUCUCAUCCAAACAUCUUUGCUCAACCUCAAAAAAGGCUUUAUACUGAUUGUAAAGAUCCACAGCUAGAUGAAGUGAAUCUGUUUCUCUCUUUUGAAAUCCGAACAAUAUGAUGUUCACUGUGCUGUUUCUGGUAGAUGGUUUCAGAGACUGUUGUAAGCUUGAGUGUUUGUUUUUUUUGCUGAAGAGGACAUAUUGCUCAGAAAUGCAAGCAGAUAAAACGUUCAUCCUGAAUUGUACAAGGUCUCAUAAAAUGCAGAGUACAUUUAUAGAAAUAUUUUGAUUGAGAAUAAUUUGCAAUGUAGACAAACGAUAAAACAGCUGGCUACUUAACAUCUGAUUUGAUGUGAAAUAAUCAGUGACUGCUCGUGGAAAGUGAAGUAAUCAAUCCUUCCUAUGUGGAGAAAAUAAUUUCUUCAACGAAAAAAAGUGCUUCAGAAAAAAUAUUAAUAUUUAAGAACUACCUCUCUGGUUAUGUUUAAAUAGUGGGUGUCUGAAUGCCUUGUGUCUUUCUGAAAAGCUUCCUUCUUUAGACCUGGAAUGAGAAAUUGUCUCCAUGCUUACUUGUGACAUAUGGAGCAGUUUCUGCCUUCAUCAAUUUAAUCUUCAUACCAUCAUUCUAUUUUUGCAUCCUUACAAAACCUGGCACUUGUUUGUACAUCUAGUUUAAUAUGCACUUAUCACAUUUUUAUUUUUUAGAGUUCUAAACGGAAAAGACAUUUAGUUCUGCACUUACAUUGAAACGUAGAUGUCAUAGGCUUGGAGAUAAAAGCCAAUAACCAACAGUUAGUAGCUUGGUGUAAAAUUCAGUGUGCAUCAAAAGCAAAUUUAUUGGACAAUUUUAUGUACAUUACACAAAAAAAUUUAAUUUAACCCCAAUUAUAAACUAUAGACAAUCAUUAGCUGCCAAAGUGGCUUUUGGUGUGUCACAUGACCUUUUUUUUUUUUUUUUUCUAAAAUCUCUGCAAUGUUAGCAUGGCAUGGGUUUGACGGCAACCAAUCACCAAGCUUUUAUGGGCACCCCUUACAAAACCCUUUAUCUUGUGCCAAUCACCAUCUUGUCGCAUAACCUUUUCCCCUUGUACUUUAAUUGGAUGGACUCUCACUUAAAUAUCCAGUAGAAAACAUUAUCAUGAUAGUUUGGACCACAGCUUCUGGAACCAAGCCGUGCACAGAGGGUUUUAAGGGUGUCCACCGCACAAAAGUAGGGAAAGGGAAAAUAGAUAACUAACUAUUCAUGAGAUACAUGAGUUUACACCAUCUCAUUAUAGAGAAAUAAAGAUAUAAUUAUCAUAUAAUUUUUGAAAAAA